AUGGACCAGCAAGAGAUCCUGGCCGUCCAUGCCAUGCUCCAAUUAAUCUAUCAUCGCAACAAAAACCAGCAUCGUCGAGCGAAAUGGUGGAGGUGGCUGUCGCUUUUGAGGCGUACCACUCUUGAUCUGGGAUCGCAGCACAUGGCCGCGCCUGCAGUGUCCUCUUAUCGACAGCACCUAGCGUCGUAUCUGAUUCCAAAGUGCUACUUGGCCUUCUCCUCCGUCGUAGCCGACAAUCAAUUUUCAACACUCGGAGUUGUGCUCUUGGCGGCUUUGUCGCGCGCUUCCAAGGCUAUGGCUAUCAAAUUUGAACGAGGGGUGAGACCGCAGCCAAGCGUCACUCAGAAUUUAAAUGCUACUUCUUCUGGCGAGGACCGUGGAGAACGGGUUAUUCGUGGUGACGUCGAAUCUCUCCCAGAACCGAACCAAACUCGCCAAAUGCUCCCUAAGACAGUGCAAAAUUCUGCAAUAGAUAAGAUCCCCAACCGGAAGGGGAUGAAGAAAACAAGCAAACGGAAGAAAAACGCUAUUGAUGAUCUGUUCAGCGGGCUACUAUGA